UAAGCAUCUAACCCAAGCAACCAAAAAUAGGUUAAAAAAAAAAAACAAAGCUGUGGUGACAAACAUUUUGUGAGUGUGAAAAGUGAGAGGAAUUAAGGAAGAAUGAGUGGGAAACAGGGAAGAAGCAGUGCAGUAGUAGGAGUAGGAGUUAUUGUAGUGGUUUUGAGUGUGUUUCUUUCUUGUGUGAGUACUACUAUUGAAGGUGCUACCUAUGUUGUUGGUGAUACCUCUGGCUGGACUUAUAAUGUUCAGAGUUGGACCAAAGGCAAGAAAUUCAAAGCUGGAGAUGUACUUGUUUUCAACUAUGAUCCAAACCUACACAACGUGGCAGUAGUGGACUCGAAUGGGUACAAAGGUUGUUCUUCAAGUUCUAAUAAGUCUAAUAAUAAUAAGGCUUAUUCCACUGGAAAAGAUCAGUUGAAAUUAUCUAAGGGACCAAACUACUUCAUUUGCAGCAUUCCUGGCCACUGCCCAGGUGGACUCAAGCUUUUCAUCAACGCUUCCUAAAUUAUUAUAUAUAUAAAAAUAUAUAUUAUGGUAUGGUGUAAGAUCUAGUAAGAGAGAGGUUUUCAUAUAUGUGACUAUAAUAUAUAUAUAAUAAUGUUUAAUAUUAUGUUUGUGUCCAACUGUGAUUUUGGACUCUCUGGCUAUGUGUAAAAAUUUUAAUGCUGUUAUAUAUAGUAAUAAUAAUAAAAAUAAUUUACUAGCCUAAGCAUCAA